AUGGCCAACUAUUGCCAGUACCACACGCUAUUGGACGAUGUCUCACUCAGUGCGCAGGGUUAUAGCCUCAGUAUUUCGUUACUAACUAUAUGUCUCCUCGACGGCGAGAUCCUUGAUAACGGUGUUGGCGGCCCGCAGACGUCCGGACUUUCAAUCUCGAAGAUUCUCCGAAAGUCCAUAUUCCGACACCAGAGCACCACACAGCGGUUGACGUUCAACGAAGGCUGUCGACUCACUGACGUGAGUGUGAUAUCAAAGGGAAUCGCUACCAGGGGCCACCUGUGGAGGCUGGGUCCCAUUAUCGAUACCACCAAAUUCCGGCGAAAUCUGCCGCGGAUCAACGAGCCCAAAGGCCGUCUGACACUUAUUUAA